UGCACGUCGCGGACAUAUAGUACCUUUCAUUCACAGCUUGCCAUUCAGCGGUCCUCGUUCAUCAAUCCCCAGUUCACGUAGUUCUCCUAGUUGUUUACCUUCACUUUAGAGCAGUUUGUGUUGUGUGUCGACAACGAUCGGGCUCCGUUCAGAUUACGAUGUUAGCAGCGACGUUAUUAUUAUGCUCGGUGGCGCUGAGCGGUGUGCGCGCUGACGCCGAUGAUCAAGAGAUCACGACGACGGAACCGCCGCCGCGACCCUACGCCUUCUCUUACACGGCGGGACGCUAUCCCGGACACACAGACCGACAGCAUGCCGAGGUCAGCGAUGGCAGUGGCGUUGUGAGAGGUACAUUUUCGUACGUGGAUCCGGCGCAACGUGUUCGUACCGUGGACUACGUGGCUGACCGGGAGGGAUUUCACCCAGUGCUGAGUGAUCCACUGCCCGCCCUGCCCCAAGACUCCGAGGCCGUGGCUGCCGCCAAAGACCGGCAUCUCUCUCUCUACGCUCGCAUCGCCGAGGACCACGCGACUCACCCGCAUCCUGACGAGUCGUACGUGCCGCGUCAGUCCGCAGCGGUUGUGGCGGCGGCGGCGCGCCACGCGUCCUUGUUCCGCGUCAUCGCCGAGCAACACGCGCGCAUCGCCGCCGAGCGAGACGCGCUUCAGCAGGAAGAACAGCUCGAAUAGACCGACUUAUGACUCGGUCUAUUCUUUAUGAUUCAAACCGCAGCAUAUUAAAGAAAACACAUGCAGUGUUCAGAAAAAUUACUAAACAAAAUUGACUAUUUGUAACACAUAUUUACUCAAUUUGUAUAAUUAUAUUUUUGUUUGUUUUGUUUGAACAGCAUAGCGGUGAAUUUCGGUAAUUGGAUAAAGCCGAGUGAUUUAGCUUAACAUAUGUACAUGUCCAGUGACAUGUCGUGUUAUGUAAAUUGUCAUCUUGUAUGCGAAUUACAUAUCUAAUAUGUAAAAUGUAUGUCUUUCAUAAAUCUAUUAAUUAUUAUGCAUCAUAAUUUGUGAUAAGCGUAUUAAAAGCCAACAUUACACUUUUACAUAGAGAAUUGAUUGAAAUGUAAUUAAUUCUCGUUUAUACGUUAUGUCUCUAUAGUAUAAAAUAUAUUUCUAGAAGUUCACGAUGAAAAUAAAUGUAUAAAUUAUUUAUUUUUACCAAUGUUACCAUUUCAUACUUUUAUAUUUUUAUACGUUUUCUGAAACAUUUUAAGUAAGUGUUAAACAAUAUUACUAAUUAGUACUCAGGGAAUAAGACGAUUUGUAACGCAAUCUUAUAUUAUAUUAUAAAUAUAAAUAAAUUGUUUUUUG